AUGGCUAGAGAAACAGCCAACUUUUCCAUAACGCCCGUCCGGCUUCCACGCGACUUGACAGAUACCAUCUCCCUCUUUUACGCCUAUGCCGAGUCUUUGGGCUUCGACUUAUCUUUCCAAAACUUUGACAACGAAAUGGCCGGAAUGCCGGGAAAGUAUUCCCCUCCUCAAGGAGAACUGCUCUUGGCUCGGAAUGAGGCUGAGGUGGCAAUCGGAUGUGUUGGGCUGCGGCCUCUUCCCUCUGCUGGCCUGGGAGGCAAGGUCUGCGAGAUGAAGCGCCUCUAUGUCACGCCAGCAGGGCGAGGGACUGGGGUCGGCAAAGCCCUGGCCUCCGACAUCAUCGCUAUAGCUGAGAAGCUUGGAUAUGAUGAAGUGAGGCUAGACACCCUGCCUAGCAUGACCACCGCGUUGGGUAUGUACCGCAACUUCGGGUUCGAAAAUAUUCCCGCGUAUUAUGAGACACCGCUGGAAGGCACUCAUUUCCUCCGCCUGAAGUUCCCAAGGCAGGCGAAAUGA